ACCGCCUGACUCUAAGCCCUAGGGUCUUGGGACAUUGGACCAAUUCCGGCCGACUCAGAUUCGAACUGGCAAGGACCGAUUCAACCCCCGAUUCCGAUCUAAAAAUCCUUGAAUCAGAGAGCUGAAAAGUGAUGGCAAUCGAAGAGAUUCACCGGACGGAGAUGGGGAGAAGCGAGCGGGCGAAGGAGCGAAGAGAAAAGAGACUCCAAGAAUUAUCCGACCUCAGAAGGAUCCCUUACACUGAACAGGAAAGGUGGUGGGGCUCAGAAACUGUUGCUGUGGUCACUGGAGCUAACAGAGGAAUUGGAUAUGAGAUUGCUAGGCAACUUGCAGUUCAUGGGCUGAGUGUUAUUCUUACAUCAAGAGACAAUAGCAAGGGCCAUGAAGCAACAGAAUCAUUACUAAGUGAAGGUUUAAAUGUUGCCUUCCAUCAAUUGGACAUUCUGGACCAUGCAUCUGUAAAAUUAUUUGCUGAGUGGAUACAGCAGAAUUAUGGCGGUAUGGAUAUUCUGGUAAAUAAUGCAGGUGUUAAUUUCAAUCUCGGAGCAGAUAAUUCUGUUGAAUUUGCUGAGAGGGUUAUUUCAACAAACUAUUUCGGCACCAAAAGGAUGAUUGAGACAAUUGUUCCACUGAUGAAACAUUCAACUGCUGGUGCUCGCAUUGUGAAUGUGAGUUCCAGACUUGGUAGACUGAAUGGCAGGCGGAAUAGACUGGAAGAUAAAAUGUUGAGGGAGCAGCUUGCUGAUGAGGAUUCUCUCUCCGAGGAACUGAUAAACAGGACUGUUACACGCUUUCUUGAACAAGUUGAAAAGGGUAGUUGGGUGUCAGGUGGCUGGCCUAAAAUCUAUACUGACUAUUCUGUAUCAAAGCUUGCAGUUAAUGCUUACACCCGAUUUGUGGCAAAGACAUUUUCGAAUCGGCCAGAAGGUCGGAAUAUACAUAUCAAUUGCUAUUGCCCUGGCUGGGUGAAGACUGGCAUGAGCGGUUGGGCAGGGAAUAUUUCAGCUGAGGAAGGUGCUGACACAGGAGUCUGGCUUGCCCUGCUACCUGGGCAAACAGUCACAGGAAAGUUCUUUGCAGAGAGGCGUGAGAUUGACUUCUAAAUAGUCAGUUUGCAGGUAAAUGCAGUGAAGCAUCUGCUUCAGGUCCACUCCUUUUUUGGUUUUGACCCGAAAUGAAUAUGGAUGGGAAGAAAGCUGCAAUAGUUUAAGAUCUUGCUGGCAUGCUUUAACCAGUUUUUGGAUUGAGUAAUUGGAUCAACUCCUCUGAUCGAUGAAUGGGGAGGGGGUGGGGGGGAAGGUUUGGGAUAUAAUUACAAUGGGUGAUGUACAGUCCGUUCAAGAAAAAAAAGGCUCUAUUUUGCUGUCUAGUUAGAUUCACAAAUUUCAUUCAGACUGCCCCCUUCAAACUCAUCAGAAAUGGUUUGACUUUGCAAGUUGCAUAUACUGAAUGGACAAGGUGGAAGCCAUUUGAUUUAUUGAA